CAGUGUGCGCCUGUGCCGAGAUGGUGCGCACACACUCGCCUUCUCUGCUUCUUCUCUGCCUCCCAGCCUGUCCGAGACGAUGCCUUCGGACAAGUGUCAACUCUUGGACGGCCUGCGAAGCAAACUAGCAGCCAUGCUGACUCCCAACGUCUCCGUGCCGGCGGAGGAAGACAACGGCAGCAGGACGGAGUCCGGAUGCGGAUAUGUGUCUGUGGUGUUCCCCAUCACCAUGAUGGUGACCGGCAUGGUGGGCAACUGUCUGGCUCUCAUCCUGGUCUACGUCUCCUACAGGAAGAAGGAGAACAGAAGGAAAAAGUCCUUCCUGCUCUGCAUCGGCUCCCUGGCGCUGACGGACCUGUUCGGGCAGCUCCUGACGAGUCCGAUCGUCAUCUCUGUUUAUCGGGCCGAUCUGAGAUGGGAGCGUAUCGACUCGUCCGGCAACCUGUGCGCCUUCUUCGGCGUGUGCAUGACCACCUUCGGCUUGUGCGCGCUCUUCAUGGCCAGCGCCAUGGCCAUCGAGAGGGCCACGGCCAUCACCAACCCGCACUGGUACUCCAACCACAUGAAGACCGGCGUGACCAAGCAGACUUUGGCUCUCAUUUGGUGUCUGGUGCUGCUCUUUGCGCUGCUGCCCGUCGCGGGCGUCGGCAAGUACACGCGUCAGUGGCCCGGGACGUGGUGCUUCAUCAGCACCGGGGACAGCCAGGUGCCCGGAAACAUCUUCUUCUCCUUCACCUUUGCCUUACUGGGGAUUUUCUCGCUGCUUGUGACGCUUUCCUGCAACGUGGUGACCAUCCGGGGUCUGAUCAGCCGCUGCAAGACCAAGACCGGCACGUCUCAGGCCUCCAAGCACUGGGAAAGACUCACCACCGAGACGGUCAUUCAGCUGCUGGGGAUCAUGUGCGUCCUGCUCGUGUGCUGGUCUCCUUUGCUGGUGCUGAUGCUGAGGAUGAUCUCCACCCAGGUGUCCUCCCAUGAAUGUAACUCCACGGCGGAACCCUCCCAUCCCUCCCCCUCCGCCUCCGUGCGAGACGUUCACUUAGACUGUAAUUUCUUCCUGACCGCCAUCCGCUUGGCCUCACUGAACCAGAUCCUGGACCCGUGGGUCUACUUGCUCCUCAGGGAGAUCCUCCUGCGUAAGUUCUGCCUGGUGGCCAACGCCGUCUCCAACUGCUCCAUCGAGGACCCCAAGGAGACCCAAACGGCGCUGAAUAAGCCGAACCAAGACAGCCUCCAGAAAGAGCAAAGCACCAAAGAAGGGAUUUCCUAAAAGCAAAAACCACAUGAAUGCGUUCCUUACAUCUCCCGCCAGGACGUCCCACUCUGACACUUCUUCGUCUCUUUACCAACAACGACAAAAGGAUGAGUUGAAACUCCUCUUUUUUUCCCUUCUUCUUCUUCUUCUCAUCACAUUUGAAUGACAAGAAGCCAUAAUUCAGAACUCAGACUCAACCACGUCCGACUGGAAUCUACCACAGCGUACGAGGGCCACAUGCAAAACAUCAUCUGAGAUUCCGAGAGUACACAAAGCGACGAGAAAAAAGUUGUAAAGCUGUGAGAGAAAAAGUCAUAAAAUUACGAGAAUAAAGUCGUUAACUCACAAGAAUAAAGGCGUAAAAUUACGAGAAAAAAUGUACAAGAAAAAAAAGUUGCAAACAUACGAGUACAGGUCGUAAAUUUACGAGAAAAAAGUUCUACAUUUACAAGAAAAACUCAUACAUUUAGCAGAAAAAACUCAAACAGCUACGAGAAAAAAAGUCAUAAAGUUAUGAGGAAAUGGCCGGAAAUCUUAAAAUUUACACAUUUAUUCUCGUAUUUUUUCCUCGUAACUCUUUCCUAAAAGUCAUAAAAUUACGAGGAAAAAAUUUACAAUGAAAUCGUAAAUUUCCGAGAGUAAAGUUGUACAUUUUAAGAUUUCCGGCUAUUUCCUCGUAACUUUAUGACUUUUUUUUCUCGCAGCUUUACAACUUUUUUCUUGUAAAUGUACGACUUUUUUUCCUGAAUGUGCGACGUUUUUUUCUUGUAAUGUACAUUUUCUCUCGUAAAUGUACAAGUUGAUUCUAGUGAGUUUACGAUUGCAUUCUCUUUAAUUUAUGACCAUUCUGGGAAAAUUUACGGCUUUAUUCUCGUAACUUUGACUUUUUCUCUCAUAGCUUUGCGAGAAAAAAUGUACAUUACAAGAAAAAAAGUCGCAAAUGUAUGAAAGAAAAAUCGUACAUUUCCAAUAAAAAUUCAUAAAUUUACAGCUACAAGAAAAAAGGCAAGUUACGCGAAAAUGUACGACUUUAUUUUUUAUAGAUUUACGAGAAUGGUCGAGAAAAUUAUAAAAUUUACGACUAUUCCUCGUCAAUUUACAACUUUUUUUCCUCGUAGCGUUACUUUUUUCUCGUAAAUUUACGACUUUCUAGUAAACUUGUGACUUUUUCUUCUUGUACAUUUUUUCUCGUAAAUGUACAACUUUAAUUGAAAAAUUGUAAACUUUCGACGUUGCAAAUUCACGAGAAUUAAGUCGUAGAUUUACGAGAAAAGUCGUAAUAUUACCUUUGUCCAAGGCCAAAGGUCACAUACUGCAAGUCCCCCCUUUUCAUAGCUGUCUCAGGCAAUGCCUGUUACGAUGGAGUAUUAAAAUGAAUAUUAGGAGAAUAAAGUCGUAAAUGUAAUUAUGUUACAGGCCUUUGGCAUGUGGAGGGGGCGGGGUGAGGAAGGCGGAAGUGAGAAGGGCUAGCUAGACAUGCUAAUCUGUUUGUGCUCAACUGCUGUGUUUUGCUGCCACGUUAUAAAUAAAAGCUUGCCUGAAACAAGAGGAAACUUUCCUUCCUUCCUGAAGAGCUGUGCUCCAUGUGACCUCUGACACGUAAUAUUACGACUUUACUCUCAUAAAUUUACGACUUUUUUUCUUGGAAAUGUAUGACUUUAUUCUCGAAAUCAGAUUUUUUCCCCCAAUGUGGCUCUAAUCCUCGCAGGAAUGCAAGUUGUUUUGAUGGGGAAAAAAAACGAAAUACAAACCAAAAACAAUGUGUUCCAGACCGAUACAGACGGAAUUUAAUCUGGGAAAAAAAAAGUUAUAAACAUAACAUUUGAGCCGUUUUGCGUGGUUUUUUUUCUAAAAAAAAAAAAAUAAAAAUUAAUAAUAAAAAAAAGCCAAUUUAUUGAACUUCACUGAAUCUAAAAAAAAUGGUACAAUCAUAACAUUUGUGCCUUUUUUCGUCACUUUCCUCAUUUUGCUUUUUUUAAAUCUGAAAAAAAAUAUAUUUACUUUUAAAAAAAAAUUAAUUUAUUCAAUUUCUUUGAAUCUGAAAUCCAAACACACAAAUUGAAUUAUUGCACCAGAAAAACAACAAUAAAAAAAAACACACACAUUUGUGCAGAGAAAACCCCCCAAAAUACAUUCAUGGAAAUGAUUAGACCACCCUUGUUUCUUCAGUUUUCGUUCAUUUUAAUGCCUCACAUAACUUAGGUGGUCUAAUCAUUUUUUCCAUGACUAAGUGUUUGGAGAUAGAUGCUUUCCAUUGGAUGCUCAUGUAACGCUCGUGAAUGAUGUCAUCCAGUCAUGUCUGAUUUGGUCAUCUGUAGAAAAGGAAACAAACUGAAUGCAUAAGUAGUUUGAUAUGCGACAGCAUGCAUGUAUUUUGCCAUAAUAUGAAACCUGGUGAGAGAAGGAGAACAUUUCUACUCCAAACAGUCCUCGUGACUUUACCGACUGACGACUUACGAGAUGUUUAGCAGCUGUGAUGUUUGGCUUGACGACAAUGUGGUACUUUUGUCACCAUGUGUUAUUGCGCGAGCUUUCCUUUUUCAUGUGGAAACGACUUCAUCAGCAGGCGAUCGAAACUUCAGCUGACGUUCCGGCUGGUGGAUGCUCGGGCAUGACUGAUAUUUCCAUCACUGGCGUUGAUGCAACAUGUUGCAUUUUGCAUGUUGGUCCUGGGAAUGACACAGUGCAAUCACUUUUCCAUUCAUGUAUAACAAAUACAUAUUGUCAAAUACUUGAUCCAAGUGGCAGUGGUAUACAGUAUACACAAACACAAGGACAAAAGGUGCAUGGAUGAAGUAUACUGUAUGUUCAUUUGCAGUGUUGCUUACUUUCUGUGCUGUAAUUCUGUGACUGGAAUAAAAGAG